AUGACCAGUCAGAGCAGCGGCCAUGGAGAGACAUCCGGCCCUUCAUCUUCUUCCUCUUCCUCACGGCCACCAGCCACCCCCAAACUCCAGGUUCAGCGGUCACUCUCCCGUGACACCAUCACCAUUCACUUCUCGGCCCUGGGCAAAGAAGAGGAGGAGGAAGAAGAUGAGCUUUAUGGAACAUCCAUCUCCUCGUUUCCAGACCAAAGUGUGGAGUGUGAUGAACAAAAUGUUGUAACAGCCAUAGAGGCCAGUGAAGAGUUGAUGUUUGAGGGACCAUGUUUGGACACAGCACCUGCAGAGUUUCCUCAAUUGUUCCCCAAUGUGGCUCCUCCACCAGCACCACCACUACCGCAAGGCUUCUUUCAUAGUGAGUCACACACCCCAAGUACUGCCCUGGCCAUCCAGCCCACCCCCGCUACCCUUGCCUCCAUCUCCUCCAUCUCUAACACAGCAAGCUCUUCCUGGCCUUCUGAAACCAAGUCCCCUCUGCCUUCAUCUGCUACCAGCUUUGCCUCUUCCACAUCUUCCCCAGCUAAAUCCUCUGCAUUACCCUCUAAACCUUUCCUCAGUCUGGUCAAAUCUCUCUCCACCGAAGUUGAGGCUCGAGAGGGGACUGUCGCCCCUCAGCCCAUGCGACACCGUCACCUUAUGAAGACCUUUGUGAAGUCGUUGUCCACAGACACGGCUCGACCUGAACCGGAGAACCAUGCCCCAUCCAGCCGGCAACCUGACUCCCGUCUCAACCUGCACCUCUUUAAGCCAUUUACCCAGUCCCGUGUUACCACAACAACCGCUGGUGAUUCCAAAACUGCCCCCUCUUCCCCACUGACAUCUCCAGACAGUCGCUCCUUCUUCAAGGUGCAGGAGGUGGAAGCACGCAUUGAAGAUACGAAACGUCGCCUCUCGGAGGUCAUGAGUGAGCCACUGCAGCUUCUCAGCAAGAUCAUUGGAGAGGAGGGCAGCACUAGCACAGCCAGCAUGGGGAACUUGGGAGCUUCUGGGGCCACCCAUCGACCAAAAUCUCUCUCCUCCAGUGCCUCUGAGCUUUCAAAUCUGGCUGGUCUGAAUGGACACCUUGAAAACAACAAUAAUUAUUGCAUUAAAGAGGAGGAUGACUUGGAGGGGGAGAGUCCUCUGGAAGGUUCCUCAAGCAUCCUGUACACCCGUGCUGAGCCUCCCUUAUCCAAGUCUCCCUCUCUGGGGCUAGACAAGUGCACUAUGUCUGCUCUGGCCCGGCAGGAAGACGAAGAGUUCUGUGAACUUUACAGUGAGGACUUCGAACUCUGUACCGACACAGAACCAGACGCUGACCUACCAGAGUCAACGCUCCUUCAGCGGGGGAGUAUGGGUGGACUAAGUGAGGAGCUGACUGAAGGAGGAGAGGAGGAGGACGAGGAGGAGGAAGAAUAUGAGGCCCCAGGUGUUCCUCACAAUGGACUCAUUCUGCUCAUCUCUAUGGUUUAUGGUUACUUUGUUUUGCCUUUGCCUUCAUAUGUUAACGGGGUGUUGCUAGGGGUAGCAGCAGGCUUCAUGUUGGCUAUUUUAGUCUUGUGGCUGACAGCUCCCCGGGGUUCCCCCUGUGGCCCCCGACAGGGAAAGCACAGGGGAGUGUGCUGGAACAUGCCGCGGCUGGAUAUCAAAGAACCGGACAUCUUUAAGGGCUGGAUGAAUGAAAUCCAUAGCUAUGACCCAGAGACAUACCACGCUACACUCACCCACUCAGUGUAUGUGCGGCUUGAGGGCUCCAUUCUCCGCCUGUCCAAACCCAACCGCAAUAUCGCCCGCAGAGCAAUCUUCAAUGAGCCGAAACCUGACGUCACGUAUGUUAGCCAAAAGAUCUACGACCUGACCGACAGCAAGAUCUACCUGGUACCUCAGAGCCUGGCCAGGAAGCGUGUGUGGAAUAAGAAGUAUCCUAUCUGCAUUGAACUGGCCAAACAGGACGAUUUCAUGGCCAAAACACAGGGAGAGAAGACUGAGACCGGGGAGGAGAAGUCCUCUGUUCUAGGGGAGAGGACAGAAGGAGCCAGUGUGAUUGAGGAGGUGAAGAGAGCAUCCACGGAGCCAGUUUUGUACCUCUUUGGGAGGACAGGUAGAGACAAGGAAGAGUGGUUUAGAAGGAUGAUGUUGGCCUCCAGACUCAGAUCUGAGACUAAGAAGCCAUCCAGCUUACCUUCAUCCUUCCUCCCUAGUCACAGUCGGAGUAACAGCCAAUCAGGUUUGUCUCAGAGUCAAAGCAGUAGCAGGGGCAGCCUGGAUGAGGCUCUUCAGUCUCAGCCCAGACAAAAGGAGCUCACCACUGGAAUCAAACAGAAAGUUCUAGACUACAACGUGUACAUGGCCAAAUAUGUGAACCAAUCACCAGACAGCCCUGCUACUAACCUUGCCAACAGCGCAGAAAGUAGCCCUGGAACUGUCAAGAAGUUCCCAGCUAGCAUUGAUGAAGAGAGUGAAUCUGAGGCUUGGGUUAAUGCCUUGUUAGGCCGAAUUUUCUGGGAUUUCCUCGGGGAGAAGUACUGGGCUGAUAUGGUUUCCAAAAAGAUCCAAAUGAAGCUUAGUAAAAUCAGGUUGCCAUAUUUCAUGAACGAACUGAAGCUGACUGAACUGGACAUGGGCAUUGCCAUCCCCAAGAUCCUACAAGCUUCCAAACCCUCAGUGGAUCACCAAGGCCUAUGGUUCGACUUGGAGAUCUCCUACAAUGGGUCCUUUCUCAUGACACUGGAGACUAAGAUGAACCUGGCUAGGCUGGGGAAGGAGGGAGAUGGCUUUGGUGAACAAGGAAAAGAGGGGUCCAGACCACGCACAUACUGCCUGGCUGACAGUGAUGAGGAGUCAUCCAGUGCAGGUUCAUCUGAUGAAGAGGAUCCAUCAGAAGACCCUGAGAUGCCUGGAGCAGAGGGCUAUGUUGGAGGACAUAGGCCCAGCAAGAUCAUGCGCUUUGUGGACAAGAUUGCUAAGUCCAAGUACUUCCAGAAGGCCACAGAAACAGAGUUCAUCAAGAAGAAGAUGGAGGAAGUGUCCAACACGCCCCUUUUACUGACCGUAGAGGUUCAGGAAUGCAGAGGAACGCUAGCAGUAAACAUUCCACCUCCCCCCACAGAUAGAAUAUGGUAUGGAUUUAGGAGACCACCUCACCUGGAACUGAAAGCUCGGCCUAAGCUUGGGGAGAGAGAGGUCACUUUUGCCCAUGUAACAGACUGGAUCGAGAAGAAACUAGACCAAGAAUUUCAGAAAAUAUUUGUUAUGCCAAAUAUGGACGAUGUCUGGUUACCCAUCAUGCACUCUGCCAUAGACACACGCUCCAAUGCAAAUCUGGUUAUUGAAACAGCCGAUAUUUUGAAGGAUGAAGAAACGUUGGACCUUGAGGAAUCAUCUAUGAGUGACUUGUAA